AUGCCCGCUUCUCAACUUGAGCUCUUUCUUCGAUUGACUGGACCCUGGUCGAGCUUCGACCGCAGUAGUGCCACAUUGCACGACCACGAUCGUCGACGUGAAGUCGCAGAAUGUCGAAGGCCGCUUCACUGUGGAGCCGGCGACGCCGUGCAAGCCUCGUACGGCGGCAAAGAGACGCUCGGACUUAUAUUCGCCAACCCUCAUGACCACUGCCUCUUAUCGCUUCGCAUCCAACAUACCACCUUUCGGUCCUCGGUCAGCAUUGCUAACGCUCUGCAGGCGAACUUCUCGCAGACAUCGGUACCUGACCUAGCACUCUCAGAGAAGCGUGCCGCGGUGGUGUCCUACGCCGGCCGUCGAAAGCCUUUCUCGAUGGCGCUGUCAAAGGCCGCUUACGACCUUGCCAGGUGGGCUGUUCCGGACUUUCACGAUAAGACGCCGUACAACAGCUCCAAUGUGUGGACGAUGGUCGCGCCGAUUCUGAUCAUUGGGAUCCAGAUCCACCUGCUUCUGCGGUACGACCCGAGCACCACGCUUCCGCUGAGAGCCUCGCUCGUCCCCAUCGCCACGCUCUUUGCCCUUAGAUCCACGUAUGCCCAUUUCUACGCGGUCGCCGGUGCGGAUCAGCUGAACGGUCGAGGUCAACAUAUCAACGUUACAGUCGGAUGCGCCGCCAUGUGCUUGAUCAUCUGGACCUUCCACUGGGGCCUCGUCUGCCGACGUCCCAGGCUCAAGGUUGCUCAGAAGCCAGCGGAACACAACGCAAAGAGCGCCGGUAUGUCUGGACGCAAGACCUCGGCAGUCGAGGACUUUCCUCUCUACUUUCCGGGUACGCGUUGGCCUCUUGAGCUGGACCUUCUCUUCGGAAUCAGGGGCAUCGGUUGGGAGCAUGGCAUCAAGGACGGUGUCCCAGCUUUUCCUGUGCCGUCCUCCACUCUCCGACAGCGCUGGCGAUGGGUCUUACGCACUCUCGCACCCGUGCCUCUUUACUAUUUGGUGUACGACGCCAUCUUCACUCUCAUUAGAGACGAUCGCUUCAACGUCCACGCUGGCUCGGCCACGGGCGGUAGCAUCUGGGAUUGUCGUCAAGGCUUCUUCGGUGCCGCCGGUCCAUAUCUGAUCUGUGCUGCAUACGGUGUCACAUUCACUUGCUCCAUGUACCUGCAGCAUGCCGUCGUUGCUUCCAUCGCGGUCGGUCUAUUCGGCGACCUGCCUUUGCGAUGGGAUCCUCCUGCGUUUAGGCAGCCUUGGCUGUCUACCUCGGUGCAUCAAUUCUGGAGCAAGCGAUGGCAUCAGUAUCUGCGCUUCUCGUUUCUCGCCGCCGGCUUUUGGCCGGUCCGGCCCCUCGUGCAAGGCAUGCUGGGGAGGCGCGCAGCUUACGCAGUUGGCACGUUUGGCGCCUUUCUCGCCUCGGCCGCUGUCCAUAACUUUGGCAGCGCCGCUGUGACACCAGGACACAACCUGAAAAACCUGGAGGUCGCCAUGUUCUUCAUCAUCCAGCCUCUAGCUAUCUUUGGUGAGCAUCUGUGGCAGCGCUGCACCGGAUACCGCGUCCGUGGUUUCUUCGGAUGGCUCUGGACCAUGACCUGGAUGCUUGCGACCGCCCCUCUUCUGUUCGACACUCUCACUCGAGCAGGCAUGCUGUCUGCACAGAGCAUAUCGUUCGGGCUCACGCAACACUAUGUUCCGCGGCCGCUCGACUGGUGGGACGACUUCAAUGCGUCCAAGUAG